AUGGCGUGUAUUCUCCUUCUCCUUCUCCAUGUUUCCUGUACAUAUAUACACGCCGAAUGCCCUGGCGGACGCCUAUAAACAACCCGCGCGGUGUGUGUUAGAUCAGAGACCGCGUAUGUAUUUAUUCGAGUCGUUCAUAUAUGUGGCUUUCUUAUUUUCGGUCUCACCUCUUCGUCCGGUUCGCUACUAUAAUUUAAAUACAAUAGUUUAUUGCUGGCUUUCAACAUUCGUGUGAGUUGAAAACUCGGUGCUCGCCACGCUGGAGCCGGCGUCCAGGAGAUAACAUUUGGCCCUUUGGACGGCGGCUAACGGCGACUCAAUGGCGUUAUUUACACGGUGACAACAUUUGUUUAAGGUUACUUUUUCUCACUGUAUAGCUAUUUUUGUAUGAGUAUUCGUGAUUUUUGAAAAGAUUAGGUUAAUAUAGAAGCCUCCAUUUGGUCAUUUAAUAAAAUGAAUUAUUCAGAACAUAAUACACCAAACACUUUACCACAAUUUUCCGAGUUAACAACUCGAACAAAUGUAACCACUGUAAGUUAUGCAUCAAACGAGAGUGAUGAACUACAAAAUUCACAAAACAUCAUUUAUACUACAGCUGCUGAUUCUACUAAUUGCAAACAAGUUAUCAACUCUCCUAACAAAUAUUCUAACACAAUUUUAAAUUGGCCUGAAACAAAUAUAUUGAUGCAGUUUUGUGAAAAACAGAGCUUGCAAGCAAUUAACAUUCCGGCUUACAAUCAAAACAAUGCAUCUGUGAAUGUUUCAUCUCAUAAUACAUCGAUGAGAAUCAUUCAAAAUUCUGAUAUUCCACAAACUGAUGAAAAUACUGAUAAUAAAAAUGAUGCUAGCCAUAUAAAAUUUGAAAUUGAGGAUAUAAAUUUUGGCACAUUGAAUUCUCAAAGUCUUCAGCCGCAAAGUAUAAGUAUGACAGAAUAUAUACAAAAAUUGCAAUCUACGACCCUUCCUUUGACGUUGCACCAAUUGAUUAAAAUGCAAGCAGAGCAAUCAAAGAAGGAUAAAGAUAGUGAACAAAGAAAUGAUCAAGCUCAAAAUAAUAUUCUAAACAUUCCUAAUGUGCCAAUAAUUUAUAAGACUUCACAAAUGCAGUCUGAUAGUCAAUAUGUGAACAACGAUCAUUCCAUGAUCUUAAAUCCUAGUGAUGUAAAUGUUCACAUGGAAGAACAACCUGAAAAUCACAAUAAUACUCAAAAUCCAAUUCAACCUCAAAAAAUAGAGCAAUCAGUACAACCAGACACAGUAAAGCCAGAAAAAAGAAUAAAAUUUAGAGCCAAGACUGGUGAAAUAAAAAUCACAGUGGCACUUGAUGGAUCGCAUUUGUACUGUUGCCCAGAAUGUAACCUUGCAUUUCCUCAUAUGACUGAAAUAGAUCGUCAUUUGCAAGUUCAUGUACAGGAACGAAAAUAUCAAUGCAAAGAAUGUGGAGCAAUGCUAAAGCGUAAAGAGCAUCUGGAUCAGCAUAUGCGAGGUCAUUCAGACGAGCGUCCGUUCAAGUGUCCAAUGUGCCAAAAAGCUUUCAAACGUAAUGAACAUUUGACCAGACACUUUGUUAUUCACUCAGGCGACAAAAACUUCACUUGUCAGGUCUGUCAGAAAGCCUUUUCGCGCAAAGAUCAUCUAAAUAAGCAUACUCAGACGCAUUUGGGUAUUAAAAAAGUUAAGCCAAAAAAGGAAAUCGUCGAGCUGCCGUCAUGCAACGAUUCAACGGCUACCUCGAUGUUACUCAGAUCUGAUAUCAACAAUCUGCUAAAAGAAAGUAGUUUAAAGCAAGAUACUACGCAAUUUCUGCAGCAUAUACAAAACUUGCAAAGAGAUUCGAGUCUUAUGCAAACCUUUUCAGCGUUCAAGGAACACGUGCUCAAGGAUGGUUCUGUAUUACAACAACAAGCUGUUAAUAUGAAUGAGAUUUUGCCGCAGAAUACUAGAUAUUUGAUGCCAUCCUAAGGUUUUUUGUUUAUAUUUAUUUUAGAUUUUUUUUACUAUUAUUAGAUGUAAGAACAUUUGGUCCGUGGCCGCAAUCGUGCGGUCAGUAACAGCAAUAAAUUCGUCAAGAGACACGAAAGUGAUCUGGCUGGAUAAUGUUUAUUGGAAUGAAUAAGAGAAUUGAUUGUUUUUUGUGAGAAUGUAUUGAUACUUUUGAUUGUCAUGUUAGCUUGAAUUGCAAGGAAAUGAUUUUGGAGCAGUUUUUUUAUGAAUGCAAAAAAUGAAUGAAAUACGACAGCAAUAGAACAUUAUACAAUGAGAUUGUUUUAUUUAAACUUUAUUGGCUACGUUGAAUACGAACUUUUGUUAGUCAAUGUUUUUGUAAUUUAAACUUAAGUUUUAUUGUUAUAGUUAUUUUUUCUAUUUUUAUAUACAGAUAAUAUUUGUAUAUUAAAAAUGCACAGUGUGUGAUUGAAAUUCUUUUUGUGCAUUUGAAAUACUGUGAUUAAGCUUUUUAUUCAUCUAGAAUUAAUCAUUUGUAUUUCGAUUUGAUGUUUUAACCGACAAAAAUUACAUUAUUAUACGUUAUGUUUAAGUAAAUACAUUUUUCGAUCAAUUCUUUGUAUUACUUAUCAUAUCAUAAUGAGUAGUGAGAUAUUUCAUUCCAAUCUAUAUUUCUAGCCAGGAAUAGUGAUAAUAAAAAAUGUAAAUUCAUUAAGCAGCGCGAAAUGCUAGUUUAGAUAAAUUGAUAAAUAAAACAAACGAAGCAUUUCAUUACACAUGUACACGCGCGUGCGCGCGCAUAUGCACACAUUUAAAAAGAUGGUUGUAUAUUUUGCAAUCUUAACGAUACAUGAAAUAAGUAGUUUCUGAGUAAAGAGAGAACGAGAGAGAGAGAGAGAGAGAGAGAGAGAGAGAGAGAGAGAGAGAGAGAGAGACAGAGAGAGAGAGACGGAGAAAACGAAAAAGUUUAUAGAAUAAUGUUGCAAUCAAAAGCAUCUAAGAAAACGUAAGUUCAAAAGCUAGAGAUAUUUAAGAAAAUGAAUUAUUUUCAUUCGAAAUUUUAAGACCAUACCUAUAUACAGAUAUGAAGAUCCAUAAAUUCAAAACCAGGUUUUGAAUUCAUAAAUCUUCUCAAUUAAUAAAACAAAGUGCAAGCAAAGAUAAUAUAUUUUAAAUAAUAGUAAUAUCAAAAAUUUCACAAAACUUUUUUUAAGUGUUUGAUAUUAAUAUGAUGUUUUUCAAAGUGAGCAAAUUGACAGAAGAGCUAUUUUUGAACUAUUGUUAGUUUCGAUUGUUGUAACGAAAACUGAAUAAACAGUAAAUUUAAAUAUUAUAUUUGAAUAUGUAAGUUUUUGAAGAUGAUGAUUUUGUUCAACGUAACAUGUUUCUCUUAAAAGAAACAAAAUAAAGGUGACCAUAUUGAAAUCCAGCCAUGACCGUUUAUAACUGUACAUAUAUAGUUUUUAAAUUAUUUUGCGUCUGUGUGAUGUAACGUGUAAUUAUCCUUCCUAAAAUGAAUUGUAAUAAUGAUAGGAUUUAUGGAAAGUCGAAUUAGAAUAAUUAGAAGAGGAAUAUAAUGGCAAAUGAUCCGUGUAUCAAAUAGAAUAUUUUUACAUUUUUAUGCCUCGAUCAUGUGCAUAAUGUUGCAUUUUAUUUUUGUUAUAAGUCAUUUAUCUAUACUUAAUCUUUUAUUUUGAUCUCGUUUAGAACACCACUAGCUUCAUUCAUCAUAUUGU